AUGAACCUCUUCAACUCUGACGAUGACUUAUCCAUGAUCGAAGCUCUCUUGACCUCCUCUUCCUCCGAUUUGUGGCCAUUAGCUCCGGCCAAUGUCAAUCUCAGCCUAGACACCACUAUCCAGAAACGGUUACACGCUGUGUUAAACGGGACCAACGAGGCUUGGACUUACGCCAUUUUCUGGAAGCCUUCAUACUACGACUUUUCCGGUGAAUCGGUUCUAAAAUGGGGCGAAGGAGUUUACAAAGGCGGCGAAGAAGCUAAGGCUCGGCGGAAUAGGAAGGCCACGGCGGAAAAAGAGCACCGGAGUAAGAUAAUCCCCGGAGAAGCUUUGCCGGUGGUGGACGACGAUGACGUGGAAAUGAAGGAUACGGAGUGGUUUUAUUUGGUUUCAAUGACGUGUAGCUUUAGCAGCGGAUCCGGGUUACCGGGUAAGGCGUUUGAUACUAAUAAUCCAGUUUGGGUUUUCGGGUCGGAUCAGAUAAUCGAGUCGGGUUGUGAUCGGGCUAAACAAGGCCGGGAUUUAGGGAUGCAAACUAUAGUUUGUAUUCCUUUCGAUAACGGAGUGUUGGAGCUUGGAUCCACGGAUCAGAUCCGUCAAAUCUCGGAUCUGCUUGAUAAGAUCCGAUUUUUAUUUAACUUCGAAGGAUCCGGAGAUUUUACCGGAGCCCCGAAUUCGAGCGCCUCCCAGCAGAUCUCAGUUCAGUUAGAGACAAUUGGUUCAAGUACCGAUAACCCGACCCCGGACCCGAAUCCGAGUCCAACUUAUCCACGUUUCAGUAUUUCGACGCCGUCUUCCACAUCGGCGAGCGCAGCUCGUAUAAUUAGUUUCGGCGGCGAUGGUAAACGGAACUCAGAGAAUCCGAACCGUGAUUCUUACUCCGGUCAGAUCCAGAUCGAGGAAAGCAAUAAUAUCUCAUUCUCCGCCGACGGCGCCAAAGUGGUGCUGGAAAACAAACGGCAAAAGAAACGCGGGAGAAAACCGGCGCACGGUAGAGAUCAUCACCAGCCGGUGAGUCACGUGGAGGCGGAGCGGCUGAGACGGGAGAAUCUAAACCAGCGAUUCUACGCGUUAAGAGCGGUCGUACCAAACGUAUCGAAGAUGGACAAGGCGUCGUUGCUCGAAGACGCGGUUACUUACAUCAAUGAGCUGAGAUCGAAAUCGGAAAACGACGAAGCGGAGAAAAACGCGAUUCGGAUCCAGCUCAACGAAAUGAAGAAGGAGGCUGAGAUCGUGAAUUCUAGGGACAAAGAAAACGCGACGACGACGAAGAUCAUCGAUGUGAAGAUUAUGGGUAGUGAUGCGAUUAUUAGAGUGGAAGCGAGCAAUAGGAAUCAUGUUGGAGCAAGAUUGAUGAAUGCUUUGAUGGAUUUGGAGGUGGAAGUGAAUCACGCGUGCAUUUCGGUGAUUAACGAGAUUGUGAUACUACAAGCAACUGUGAAGAUGGGAUCCAUAAUCUACACGGAAGAGAAGCUUCGGGCCAUGUUGCUAUCGAAAAUCAGUUAG